AUGGAGAAAGUAGAUAAAUCGAAAAAGGACAAGCAAGGAGCUUCAACAAGGACAGAUUUGCCAAAUGCUCACGAGCUUUUCCUCACAGCCAUCAUCCCAAAUGAAGAAUUCGAAACAACGCUGCGAAUUCUCCAAGGCUACUGUGCAAUAAGCCCAACCCAAGUUCUGACUCGAAAACUAACUUGGGAGGGCCCUCGUACACGUACGCCAACAGGAAUCGACUCAAAAUUCAUCAAGAAUCAGCCUCAGGCAAAGGUACCACAUUGGACUGGUCUAUCGGUACAACUCUCGCGGCAGUCGUAUAUAAUGCAUCUACUGUAUGAAGUCGACCGUCAGUCAUUCGGAAGGGCUGAGAGUGAUCAGAUGUCUGCCUUCCAUGCUUCUCCAGCACCAUUACUACUGGAUCAGCGCAUUGGUGUUCUACGAUGGAAUGACCUCCCAGAUCCUACUGAGACUCCAAAAUUACCAGGCGGAAGACUCCUUGACCCUAACGCAGUAAAGCCUGUCAACACGCGACUGAUGUUCAGUAUUGAAAACCAGGGCCUUUGCUCAUUUAUGAAGAUGAUCAAUCAUAGAUUUGUUCGAGAGGGGAUCCAGGAAAGCAACAGAUUUGUCCAUGGCGAUGUAGUCUUUGACUUAACGCGCUAUCUGCAAUUCCCAGUCGGCGAGAACGAUAACCCGUCUACCAUCAGAACCGAGUUACCAGACUUCGGUACUCUUACACCAUUCGACUCUGAGAACAAGUGGAUCUUGACGGCGUCUACUAUUGUCACGAGGGGUGACAAUCCACAACAGGUGAAGAAGGGAACAGAUCAGUUGGUGGCAAUCAAGGAUGAUUUUGAGGGCUGUUUUGAUUUCAAGGUACUCGACAGGCAUAUAUUUGACACUAGAGUCAAGUUCUGA